UCUUCUAAAGCGAAACUUGGAGUCGGAAGAAAAUAUAUACACAUAGGACUCAACGGAUCUUGUUCUUAGUUUUCUUAUAAUUAUCAGAAACCGAAGACUCUCUCUCACAGCCAGAGUCUUUUAUAUUUUCAAAAUUUUCCGAUGAGGUGUAAGAGACAUACAGUUGACUCCAGCAGCACUAUAGGCGUCUGCGCUUCUUGUCUCCGUGAACGUCUCUUCUCUUUCGCCGCCUCUGAAGAUAACGAUCAUCAUCAUCAUGUCCAUUCAAGAACUUCUUCUCCUCCUCCUCUGGUUUUCCCUCGCUCUGUUUCUCCUUACGCUGCUGCUAGAAACUCCAACGCCCGAGGAGGAGGAGGAGCAGGAGAAGCCUCCGAAUCUUACGGCGGUGAAGGAUCAUCGUCAUGGGAAAAAGUCUUUGAAACCAACCGAUCGGUUAAGAAGAAACAGACCGGUUUAUCUCGGUUCUCUACCUUAUUUGGAACAGACCGGUCAUGGUUCUCCAAGGUCCUCUCCCCACGGUCGAAAACUACUACGUGUUACAUUGAGGACUUGAUCGCCUCCGAAUCAAAUCAUCACCAGCAACGACCUAGGCAUAGCUACUGCAAAGGCAUGUCUCCAGCGAACGAGCUGGAAUCUUUUGAAGAUUCGCCGGGGAGAGCGAGAAGAACACCAGCGACGGGAACUCCGGGAAGAAGAAAGACUGCGACGACGACGAUGGGUUUGUGCUUGAGUCCGCUAGUGAGAGCUAGACCUAACUGUUCUUUUGGAUAUACCGGUUAUCCAAAAUCUCCGGUUAAGCAACACAUUUCAACGGCGACGUCUUUUAGCGCGAACCGGUCUAAGAAGCUGGCCGAUUUAGGUAGAGCUGAUAACCGCCGUUAGACUUUUCUUUCUUUCUUUAUUUGGUUAUAAUUUGACCGUUCUAUACGAAAUUACCUAAAAUGUCACUCACAAUAUUCAACGUAAGUUAUAGGGUGGCUUUACUAUAGCAGCAUAUAGAGAAGUGGAAUAUAUAUUUUAUUUAUAAUGAAAAAAGUUUCUCAUUGUAUAAUAAACUGGUAAAUGUUUUUCUCUUUAUCUUCAAAUCCUAAACAAAGGAAAAAGAAUGGUUUUUUAUAUUUUUUAGUAAAUUUUCCGUAAAAUCAUUUUCAAAAAAAAUUAAUGCAAAAUCCACCAAAAUCGAAUAACACAAAUAUUUUAUGGAAUUACGGAAUCGCUAAAUUGAGUAACAUUAGAAUUUCAAGGAUUUCAGAAGAAUGAUUACAAAUACUUAAUAUAAUAACACCAUUUUUUUUAUAAAAAUUGAUAAAAUAUAUGAUUAAAUGACACAAAAUUUUAACAGAAACUUCAAUUCCUUUAAACUCAAUUGAAUUUCUAAAUCCAAUACUCCACCGAAGACUAGUUCAUGUAAGAAUUGACAAAUAUUGUAUAUGAUAUCACUUUCGCCUUACAUUAUUAUAUAUGAAUCAAUAUAAAUCAAAUGCAAAAUAUUUAUUCAACCUUCUUGAUAUAAUUAUAAAACUUAUAGUUUUGUAAAUUAAGCAUUAUUAAUUCUCUUAUACAUAGUAACUGAAUUUGCAUCAUUAUUAAACUUGAUUCGUUAUUAAUUGACAUUAAAUCAAGUUUUAUAAUGAUGCAAAUUCACUUACUAUGUAUAAUAGAAUUCACAAACUGAUUGGGCAUGCUAUUGUAAAUAAAUUGGAAAAAUAAAGAGAGAAUGCUAUGAUAGAUUCUAUUUUAAUAGUAUAGAUAGCUUAAAGUUAUAUGAUUCAAUUUCGGAGACAGAUAAAUCACAAUAUUUAAAAAAGUACUGAAUAGCCUUUAAAACUCCAAAAGACAACAACAAUUUAGAGUUAGGGACAAACCAAUAAACUAAAGCAAGGAGACUCUCUUUAAAAACAAUCUGAUGAAGAAGAAGGCAAAAAUUUUACACAAAGAAGAAGGUAAUA